AAGAUUAAGAAAAAUAUAACGACAAACAAUCCAACGUUAUUGGGCGGUUUUGUGGUGGAUUUGUGUGAUAAUUCUAAUACAGUGGAAUGCAGCAUACAUCACGUGACUGCCCGGAAAUGAAAAGCUUCACCGAGAAAAUGAAAACACAAUUGAAAAUGCCGACAAGACGACGUGUACAGCAUUCACGCUAUCUCACAAUCGGCUCUUGUUUAUAAUCUAGCGGGUCAUGCUCACGAUAAACCAUGUUGUUUUCGUCCUGGUUGUAUGUGCGGCUUCCGUAUCUUGCUGUGAACAGAAAGCGGAGACUCCUGACUGGCGAAUGACUCUUAAAACUAUCCGCAAUGGCAUCCAUAAGAUCGACACGUACCUCAACGCGGCUCUCGAUUUGUUCGGCGGCGACGACGGCUUGUGUCGUUACAAGUGCAGUGACGGUUACAGGCCGGUUCCUCGUCCCGGGUACAAGCCGCCGCCGCCCAACGGAUGCGGGACGCCCCUCUUUGGAUUCCAGUUCGACAUCGGUAUCCCAUCCAUGACGAAAUGCUGCAACCAACACGACCGCUGCUACGACACAUGCGGUCGUGAGAAGCACGACUGCGACGAGCAGUUCCAGGACUGUCUGGAGACCAUUUGCAGGAAUGUGCAACGGACGCUGGGAUUGGGCCACAGUGUUCAAGCGUGCGAGUCUGCGGUGACGUUGCUAUUCGACGCCGUGAUGCACUUGGGAUGCAAACCAUACUUGGACAGCCAGCGAGGGUCGUGCGUGUGUCAGUAUGAAGUCAAGAAGGAGCUGUGAUCAUGUUUGUGGAUGGACUUUUGAUUUGAUGACAACAGAGGGUCCACAAAGUAGACAUUUCUCAGGGAUAGAGCUGCUGUUGCUCUUUUAGACACCGGACUGCAUGAAUACUUUUGACUGAUGAUCCUGGAAACAAUUUGAAAUGCAUUCAAUUAUUUAUGUUCUUUGUACGUGUUGUUCAGUACGUUGGUCCGCUGAUUUGGAGCAUUUUUUUCUUCCCCCUGCUUUCUAGUUGUGGUCAGCAAAGGACUUGAUUGUCAGAUGUCACCAAAAGAUUACCUUGGGGUGUGCCAAGAGUGAAUGUUCUGCCCAAUUCACACACAAAAAAAAAAGUCUAAGGUGACAUUCGUAAAUGUUAAAGCUGCUCAUUAUUCACGCAAUUUUUUUUUUUCAAAUCCUUGUUGGGUCAACACAGAAUUUGGCCAAGCAAAGAGACUUGGGAACUGUGACGUGAACAAAACGCUCCCUAAUUGCCACUAGUUAUUGUUUUUCAUUGCACUAUGCUGCCUUUCACAGGUCGUCCUGGUACUUCCACAGCUACCAUAUGUGGUGUGCAGGAGUACUCACACUAUUCGAGCACUAAGCGUGGAUUUGUUUGGUUUUGUUGGUUUUUGUUUUCCUCGUCUCACAUUUUUAAAAUUGGUUGAGAUGUUGAAAAUCCCAGUGUGUACCUUGCUUUAGACAGGUGGAAUCCAGUCUGAAAAUCCUCAUUAAAAUGAAUAUAAUUUA